GGCCUCAAUCUCUCCUUUUCACAUAUCGUGUCUUGUCUUCUGUUGAAAGUCGGCAUUCACAAUUUUUUUGGUUCAAUCAACUUUUGGUUAAUACAUGCAUGCAUGUAAUAGCUGUAUCACGCAUUUAAUUUCGAUUCAUUCAAAAUUACCUCCUUUUGUAAGCAUUCCAUAAAGGACAUGCUCCGUCGAAAUAGUUCUAGUCGACCUGUUCGAAGCAAAUCAACAUUAUCAACCUAUCCAAAACACGAUUUUGUCGACCCUGAAGAGUCUCGUAUGCAUGCUCAUGCUGCAGCAAUGCAUGCUUUCAAUAGGGCCCAAGAGAGGAAUGGCACUAGUUAUGGAAACAGGAACGGUCUUUCACGAAGCAACACUACAAGUCAAGAAAGUCAAUGGCGGCCGAGUCAACAAAAUAGUUCUACAAGUCUUGAUAACCCAGGGCUCAAGCGUCAGCAGAGUGUUCGAUUUGCAGGCCCAAAUGCGGUAAAGAGGCGCCAAUCAGCGGGGAAAAGGACGGACCCGCCAGCACUGAACCAGAAACUAAGUACUGCUACUUUGGGACCUGUUGUGAUGACCACAAAUACUCCAGUCCCAGCAGUGUAUCGUCCACCCAGUCGUUCUUCUUCAAUUGGCAAAGCUUCACUUAACAAAUCAGUCGUUCGAGACUACUCUGCUCAUAAUUACGUUACCAACUUAGAUUUCGAUGAAUACUAUACGCAAGAGAACGAUGUGGCCUCGACGCCAUCUUCAUAUCGGCGAAUCAGAAAGUCGAGGUCUAUGUUCAGCCCCUUGUCAGCGCCAACCAACAUCUUCUACAGCAAUGGCAGCCCUGAUCGCACCAAUUGUUCAUCCACUCCGCGGACGCUAGAGAAUAAUGCUCCAUUACGGGCUCCAAAAUCAAUGAGCUUCCUCCGAGGGGGGCGGGACUAUUUCAAAUCUACAUCGUCUUGCGAAAGAAAUGACGAUGCCGUCCAAAUGGCCAGAGAUAGAUUUUUUGUUCAAGCCAAUCAACAAAGACUUCGGGAGCAGCCAUCUUUUCUCUUCAGAUCGAAGGCACAACGGCAAGAGAAGCCUUUUCGAAAGUCGGUUCGAAGCAGCAGCGGAAAGUCUGCAGCGACAUAUGAUUCGGCCGAAUCUAUGAGAGAGGGUGGCCUAAGAGCCAAAGCUCGCAAGGUAUCCCAAGGAUUAAAGAGCAAACUCCGAAAAGUUUUUGGCCGCAGCAAAGACGAACCCGUCGCUAUCCCUAAUCAACAGGUGGAUGCCAUUGAAACUCACGUUCGAGAAUACGCUGGACAAUUAGCGUCAGAUCAUGAGUCGUUCGAUGAUAUUCCUAUACCCGAUGAGGCCGCAUUUGCUCAUGUGGCAGCUAGAGUCCCAUCAUUACGUGCUAUUGCUUCAAGCCAGAGACUCAGAUCACAAAGUGGUAGUAUUCGUAGCUUACGAAGUGAUCAUAGUGAUGAAAAGUCCAGAGUAACAAGCUGGACCAAUAGUACAGCUAACAAUACUGUUACCAGUCAAGGAUUGCGUCCUCCGCCUAGCAGAGACCAAAGACUUUCUAUAAUCAAUGAAUCAGGCACGCAUAUCUCUAAAGCAGCAUUUCAUCGCCCAAAUGUAAAGAAUCAACAUCCAGCUUAUCCUGCAUUUCAUCGUCCUGGCUAUAUCCAAUCAAUUCGACCAGGAGGUGUAGAUAGCGCCAGACUUUGCUCUGCUUUGAUGAAGCGUCUCGACGAGAAUAGCCCAGAAGCAAUACUCGCAAAGUCAAAGAAAGCCAGCACUGAAACUCUCGGACUUGAGAAAGUACCUAGACAAAGUAGCUCCUUUACCAAUACUCUUUCACGGCCCAAGCCAUGGAUUAGACAGGUACCUCCUGACUGUGACCCAGGAAAUCAGAGCCAAAAUCAACUUCCUAACGUAUACUGUUCGAACAACGCUGGCCCAAUACCCGUCACGAGCGGCGAGGAACUACCUGGUCAGGCAAUCGACUCUGAGUAUCAAUUCAAAUCUGCAGGUUUACCAUUACAUAAUCCACAACUUCAAAGCCAAGACGAUGUGUUUUCCUCACUCCCAGGAUCUAGUCAUGGCAACUCCUUUCACCACGGUAGCUCAUUUCAUGAAGACAACUCAUUUCAUCAACGUGCUCACCAGCGUAAUUCAAAGUCUGCACACAGACGCCACUUAUCCGAUAUUGAUGCCGCAUAUGACCCUGUGCAAGACCCUUCAGGUCUCACUCCGCAGCAAGUCGCACAGCGGGACGAUCCUAUAGUUCCCAAACCAAAAGUUAUCCGCGAGGCAAGGUCUGCAUUUUUCGGAGGCACGACAUUUGCAAUUGACAGAGUCGGAAAUACAAGUCCGUAUCGUCGCGCUUUGGCGGAAAGCGACAAUUCUGCUGCCUACAACGAAGUGAGUAUGGCACCGGUAAAUGAUGACGUUUAUAGUGAGAGUGUUUACUCUCGAAGUAUUGGCCGUAAUCUUUCGGAGGCUAUGAGUAGUGAUACAUCGGUACCGCUCCCAAAUGUCCGUAUGCCGUCAUUGCCCGUCGAUGGCUCAACUCCCAAUGGUGGCGCUGUCAUUAUCAACAGCACAACCUAUCGUCCAACUCAUCCAAGACAGCGAGGUGACAAUUCCGGUGGUUCUAUUGAGUGGCAAACAUGGAUGUCGUCUGAAGUGGCAAAGUUGGAAAGACCAUCUGAAAACGAUCGCGUAAGCGUCAGCAACAUCGAACAAUCACUAUCACCCACGCCUACGAUGUCAAACUCCUUUCACAUUGUGCACAGAAGAGAAAAGGCUCAGAUGGCUGAUGAUGAUACGGAUAUCGCUCAGAAGAAACUUCCUGCUGGUAAACAGCCGCUUGGUCUCAUUCAACAGAAUCUUAAUGCCCAAGUUCUUCUGAAGCCGAUUUUGAAAAAUCGCUCGACGACAUCUUUGCCUGAAGAUGAUUUCAUUGAUAACUCUAAGCCGUUUAAUAUUCCUUCUGCACCACCACUUCCUCUUAGAUCGAUAUUAAGACCAGCACAAAGCAAAACGAGUCUGAAAAGUACCUCGAACUCUCAACACGCACCAACCCCAAAUCCCGUCACUCAAACCCAGAAUCCAAAUACCAGCGCUCGCAACGUCUUGCGCAAACGUCUCUCAUCUACAACCCUAAGAAGCGCACCAACAACACCUAAUCAUGGUGUAGAAAAACAAUCCCCGAGUACGCGUAAUGUACUCCACAAACGAAACGUAUCGGAAGCCACGAUGAAAAGCGGCAAGAGUAUUAGAAGCGUGAAGAGUUUCGAUACGAGUGGAAGUCAAAGCCGUAGCUUUACCACUAGUCCGGCGAAAUUGGUCAAGAGGAGUGGGAGACCGGUGUAUAAUUUUACGCCGCAGAGUAGUCCGGGUACGGGUAUUGGGGCCGCGGUGGAGAGACAGUUUGGGAGUGCGAACGCGAAGCCGAAUGCGAAUACGAGUGGAGGUUUGUAUGGAACGGGGAGAUCGAGAGUGAGGGCUGGGGGCAGGGAAAAUGAAAGGGUCGGUGGAGGCGGCACGGAUGAUGUUUAUGGGGUUGAGGGAAGUGGGGUGGGGGAUUCGAAUGGGUUGGGGUUGGGGUUGGAUCAACAACAGGUGGGUAGUAAACAGAUGGUGGAUAUGUUUUUGAGUAGUAGACGAAAGAGAAUUGCUAGUGUAGGGACGAUCGCGGGGGGGAGUAUGGGGGGUGAUGGGGGUGGGAGGAGUGAUGGUGGAAUGGAUGAUGGUGCGGUGUUUCUUUAGGCGUGGGGAUUGGUGUAUGAGUAUUGGGAAUAGAUGAGAGGGUAACGAAGUCAUGACUUAUGGAUUUGGGUGCUUGAGACCAGGAUUAGGAUUAGGAUUAUGUAUAUAUUUUUAGCGGGUAUAUCAUGUAUUAUACUUGGUGACUCGGUUACUGGGGAUUGGAGAAUAGAACAAUAAAGCGCUUGUGAGAGGGCUGAUAUAGUAUGGAUUAGGGUCGAUGACAUUACUUUUGCUUUUCUUUUCUUUUUUAGAAAAUUAGAGUUUAGUGUAAGUAGACAGCUGGUAGAGUAGUGUAGUGUAGUGCCAGUAUGAAUGGUAGUUGAGGUAUGGAAAAUAUUAG